AUGCUGUGGUCGGUGUUGCCCUUGAUCUUCCCGUCGGUGUUCGCCGCUCAGCCCUCUGCGCCUGCUCCUAUCUCCGCACCUUUACGUGAUCUGGAGUUUGGUCAACUAAAUUUCCUUCAUACAACUGAUACGCAUGGCUGGCUGGCCGGUCAUUUACAUGAACCUUCUUAUUCUGCAGACUGGGGCGACUAUAUUUCUUUCUCAUCACGUCUCAGGGAGAAGGUAGAGGCAAACGGUCAAGACUUGCUGGUUGUAGAUACAGGAGAUCGAGUCGAGGGAAAUGGUCUAUAUGAUUCAUCGACCCCUAAAGGCAUCUAUCUCUCCGAAAUCCUCCGCCAUCAACAUAUCGAUAUCUUAACUUCAGGAAACCAUGAACUUUAUCAACAGAACACGUCAAAGAACGAAUUAUUGACAACUGUUCCUAACUUCCGGGGUCAUUAUCUUUCCUCUAAUAUCGAUAUUUAUCAUCCCAAGACCGAUGAGCUGGUACCACUUGCUCCCCGGUACAAGAAGUUUACCACCCAGCUACAAGGGAUCCGCAUCGUAGCAUUUGGAUUCCUCUUUAAUUUCAACGGUAACUAUAAUAACACUGUUGUUCAGCCAGUGGAAGAAACCAUCCAGGAGAGCUGGUUUCAGGAGGCGAUUCAGGAUAAGGAAGUAGACCUUUUCUUGGUCGCUGGACAUGUCCCAGCUCAUUCACCAGAAUACCGCGCAAUCUUCAACACGAUUCGCAAGGCUCAUUGGGCUACGCCAAUUCAGUUCUUUGGGGGUCAUCAACACAUUCGUGACUAUGCCAAAUAUGACUCCAGAGCCUUCGCCUUGGCGAGCGGCCGAUUCAUGGAGACCAUCGGCUUCGCGUCUAUUGAUGGCCUCUCCACCAGUAGCCAGCCAAGUGUGGCCUCGAGCCCCGUCUUCAAGCGACGAUACAUAGAUAACAACCUUUUUUCUUUCUACCACCACACUGGUCUAGAUCAAGAUACAUUCCCGACUGAAAAGGGUCGUGAAGUCACACAAAUUAUUACCGACGCACGGUCCGCCUUGAGUUUGGACAAAGUCUUUGGAUGUGCACCGCGGAACUUGUGGAUGACUCGAGUCCCCUAUACCGACCCAGACAGUAUCUAUAAUUGGCUGUCGACUGAAGUGCUGCCGGAGACAUUGAAAGAUGAAUCUCGCGGCGAUUUCCCAGCUGUGGCCAUUUUGAACUCCGGUGGUAUUCGGUUUGACAUCUUCAAGGGGGAGUUCACCCGUGACAGCGCCUUUAUUAUUUCCCCUUUCACAAACAAGUUCCGCUAUGUCAAGGAUGUUCCCUAUGACAAAGUGCAACUCAUGAUGACGGUCCUCAACCAACAAGCAAAGGUUGCAUCAACAUCUGAAGAUGAGAAUCCAUACAUUCAUGAAUUGGGAACCCCGGGUCAGCCCCAUGUGGAAGGUGAAGAAGAAUAUAAUAAAGCUACCAAGGAAACUCGACCACUUAUAAUCGAUGGGGCUGGUUCUCAUCAAGCCCCUCUCUGGGCCAAACGGUCUGAUCAUCCCGAUAUUCUCCCUGGAUAUACCACCAAAGAUGAUGCCGGUACAGACGGCGAUGAUACUAUCCAUUCUCCUGUUAGCAAUUAUGCGGUUCCCAAUUGCAUUCAAGGACAUAUCUUAGGAAAUGAAACCGCGAUGUCUGAGACAGUGGAUUUGGUCUACAUCGAAUUCCUCGAGCCAUUCUUAGUGCUUGCCGGCAAAUUUGCUCGGCUCGAUGUCGAUUUUAUCAAUGAGAGCGAGGAGUACAUGGCUGGUGUUCAGUUGACUGAUCUCAUUACUACCUGGAUUGGGGAUAAUUGGAAAUGCGAUGAAUAA